CCUAUAGAGCUUGGAUUUCGAGCAAAAUCCGGCUUUCGAAUUUUGACUUGAAACUUGCCACACUGGUAGCCCAUGGUCAUAGUAGUACGACGGGAAACAAUUCGAUCCUAACGAAUUUUCUUGCCCUGAGAUAUUGAGACUCGAACAUCUGACCCUCACCCUCACUUUCGGGUGAAAUAUUCGAGUCUCAAUAUCUCAAGGCAGGAAAAUUCAUCAGGAUCGAAUUUUUUCCCGUCGUACUACUAUGAUCAUGGGCUACCAGUGUACACUGGGCAUUUUUCUAUAGAGCAGGCGGACAUAUGCUGUAGGAGUGGUAUGAAAGCCUGUAAACAAGUUCUUCUAUAGGUUUUCGAAUAUGCUCUUUCUAACGAUGCGAUUUUCAGUACUCAAAAGCAAUUCCUUGCGGGUUUUCUGGAGAUCGGAUCUCUGGAAAACCCAUAAAAAACAUUUUUGCAUUUCGAGAACCUCACUAUUCGAAAGAUCAUAUUCGAAAACCUAUAAAAAUGUGUUUAUAGACUUGUGUACUAUUGCUAAAAUAAAUAUCCAAAUUCCUACGCAAAAUUUGCUGCGGACAAACUUUCAAGUCUAUAAUUCAAUUUGAUCGAAAAUAUUUCUGCAGAAAAUUUAAAAAGUUAUACAUCAUUCGAUGCAGUUUUUCACGGUGAUUCCGAAUAUGGUAUUAUAUUUGAAAGGAAGUGCAUUUAUAAGCGGGAAAACCAUGAAAUACCGCGAAAACGGUAUGGGUUUUAGAAAAUCGAUAACAUGACUUAGAAGUCUUAGGGGAAAAAAUGGGAAUUCACACAGAUGCAAUAUGAUCUGAGGAACAUUUUGAUGUAUUUGAAUAUUAUUUUAGAGGUUCGUAAAAGCUCGGAACUGGACUAUACUGGAGUACUGUCACUGAGGGACUGACGUAUUAGAGAUUACGUUGCUGUUAUUUUUCGAGUAAGGUGCCAAAAUUGAAACAUUUUGCUAUGUGUCGAUAGCCUACGACUUCCUGAUUCCGAAUAUGUGCUUUGAAAUCGGUUAAUAUUACUGAGUAAAAAGAGAAACUUGAUUUUACGCGUAGCAACGCGCUCAAAAAGCGUUUUUUUGUAGUUUUUUGUACUUGUUGAAGCAACGAAUUUCACAAUAGACAUAUAUAUACCAUUCGAUAGAGAAUUUGAAGGACUACAUUUUCCAUUACUUAAAUUCGAAAAAAGAGCAGCUUCGAUUUUUCACCUAAUGUCCGCCUGGAUGCCCACUGUGCAGUGUGGCAAGUUUCAAGUCAAAAUUCGAAAGCCGGAUUUUGCUCGAAAUCCAAGCUCUAUAGGCAAAAACUGACUAAAAAUUCAAUAUCUCAGCAACAAAGCACCAUGGGGAUGAACCAGCUUAGGGUAUUUUACUACUCACUGAGGUCUACAAGAUACAAGUAGUCCGAGUUCAAAAGCGAUUUAUAACCUCAAGAGGUUCCCUUGUAAGUGAUGCAUCACAGGUGUGACUAUGUUGGCUUGCAUAACAAACACCUUUGAACACGAAAAACAAAUUCCCAAAAACUUUACCAGUUAUGUUUAACUUUACCUAAGAUUAUUUUCAGAUUGAAGUUAUAAAUUUGUAGCAUAGGUCGCUCUUUCCGCGGAAUGACUCUAAAGUCUUUCCAGCCGGCUGUUUGUGAAACACAUCAGAAAAUGUUACCAAAUGACAGCAUCAGGCUCGAAAGACUUAAGUGAAGACCAAAAGUCCCUAUGUGGAGAAAUACGCCUUCUAUACAUCGAUAGAGCGUACAUAUCAACAAAAAUGUGACUUUCAUCGAACCCAUGGCAGUGUUUUCCUUUUUGGCGUAGAAAGAUCUUAUCUGUAAAAAAUAAAUCCAAAAGAAUGGAAAGAAACAAUGCUAAUGCUUAGAAUUCGCGAUCACGAUGUUGGUCGCGAAUCUGUAUUAAAAGUGACACCAAAAUAAUGGCGCUUAAAAGUACAGAUAAUAGUUGUUAUUUUCCUGAAUUGACCGGUUUUAAAUUUUAUGCUGACUUAAAGUAGAAGUCUCAAAAAUUAUAUAUAAAGAAGCCUGCAUCUCUAAGCCUGACAAAAGUUCGUACUUUUUCAUAUAUUUCUUUUAACUUUUCGAUAAAACACUGUUUAAAUCAGCGUUUUAUGAGUUGAAAAAGAGCAGAUGAAGUGCUGAAAUGUUGACAGGACCGUAACUGAGUCUAUUUAUAUAUUUAGAGAAAACGUCAAGCACCAUCGCAGACAGAAAAACAAUUUAUUCGUUACUAUUACGUUACCAAAGCAGCUAAUAAUUCAGAAAUAUUACAGAUGACUGUUGAAUUUCGACUGGUUUUUUCUAUUGAUUGUCUCACGCUGAUUUGUCAAACGGGCAUAUUACAAACAGUAACAACUCAACUACUUAUUCGCAUUCGAUUUGAAGAGAGCCUAUUUAUAACAUUCUUCGCUCCAGCAAUGUCAAGUGGUGGUAAUGGUGGCAGCAGUAAUAACAAUUUAACAACACUACAGAUACCACCAACAACAACUGUCAGUAGUCAGCCACAGUCAUCAACCUGGAGUAAACCUGGAGAUGUUUCCUUCACUCAAGGUAUUUCGAAUUCAUCGGAACCAACAAAACCAUCAGAAACAAAAACAGAAUCAACAUCAUCCGUUCAAUCGUUCACUUCAUUAUUUCCAUCAAAAAUAUCAAUCCAAAUUGAUCAAAUGCUGAAUCAUUUGCAAGAAUUUCAAAAUAUAGCUGAUGCUAGUGGAGGCACACGUGCUACGGGUACUCAGGGUUUCAAUGCUACAUUAGACUAUAUUACCACGUAUUUAACACAAAAUACAAAUUUUAAAGUAGAUAAACGGUUUUUAAAAGUUAACGCUUUUCGAGUACUUGGUUCUCCAAAAUUAAUAUUAUUUAUCAACAAUGCACAGACAAAUUUUAUAUAUGGAUUCCAUUUUUAUGCGAUGACACAUUCUAGUUCAGCUAAUUUUUCUAGUCCAGUUCGUUUAAUAAAAGUACCCAAUUUUGGAUGUAGCGAUGCAGACUGGUUAGCUGUAUCUUCGCCACCGGCAAAUGGUAGUGUAGCUUUGGUUCAACGUGGUAAUUGUACCUUUGAAGAGAAAUCUCUCCUUGCCACUAAAUAUAAUGUUGCUGGUCUGUUACUUUAUAACGGGGGGACACCGCCUGAUCGAUUGGAACCAUUCCAGGCAGCUGUCAGUGAAAAUUCAAUUUAUCCAGCCUUAACCUUAUCCUAUCAAGCCGGAAUGACACUUGUGAAAGCCACAUCAAAUCCAUCAGCAAAUGCAAGUGUUUUAAUUAAUUUUGAUGUUCAGUAUCAAUCGUUAAUUGGUGUUAAUAACAUUUGUGCUGAUACACCGGGGGGGAAUCCGAAAACAACAAUCAUUAUAGGUAGCCACAGCGACAGUGUCCAAGAAGGUCCAGGAAUUAAUGAUAAUGGCAGUGGUAGUGCAGCAAAUCUUGUUCUGGCCGUGAAUCUGGCCAGGUUAUUUCGAACAUCAGAGUACAAAGAAUAUCCAAAUCGAGUUCGAUUUUGUUGGUGGGCGGCUGAGGAAGGUAAAGAGGUUGGGUCAAAAGAUUAUGUGAAAAAAGCAAAGAAUAGCACAAUUAUUGGUGAACGUUUACAAGACGUUUUGGUUAACUUGAACUUUGACAUGCUGGGAUCACCAAACUACAAGUUUGGAAUUUACGAUUAUAGAACAACGACAUACACUACAGGAGCGAGUGCGCUGCCUGGCAGUAAAAGGUUAUCGGAAUUAUUUCGUGAUUGGUUUAUUAACCAAGAGUUACCGUGGAGUUGGACCGAUUUGGACGCUCGUAGUGACUAUGUACCAUUCCUAGCUGAAGGUAUCGCUGUCGGUGGAUUGUUUGGUGGUGCGGAACGUCAAAAAACUAAAGACGAACAUGAUUGUUAUGCUGAGGUUUUGGGACAAGGCCAAGGAGGAAUCGUGCAUACGUCUUAUGAUCCCUGCUAUCAUCAGGCUUGUGAUACAAUAGAAAAUAUAAACACAUUUGCAUACCAGAGAAUGGUCCAAGCAGCGGCUUAUACGCUAGAAUAUUUGGGUAAACAAAAGGACUUAAAAACUUGGCUGUAUUCAUCUCCACAAACGAAAGAGUUUGAAAGCUGA